GCAACAGCCAGCAGAGGAAGCGGCUGACACACGCCUUUCUCUCUCUCUUUCUUCCUUCUCUCCCUUCCCCCCUUUUCCCACACCACUCUGCUCACACAUCCACCUCCCCCAGGCUCCCUCCCUCGUACACGCAUCCGCAGCCCCCCAUCCAGACGUGCACCGCAACCAGCAAGAGAGAAGAAGAGGCAAGCUGGGGGAAAGGGGGUGGUGUGGGUUCCCCCCCCCUCUUCUUUUUUGGUGCUGCUCCAAAGAGGAUUCCCUCACCUCCUUUUUUAAAACAACGAAGGCUACCUUUUGGCUGCAAUCCUGAGAGUAACAUGCAUUGGACUUAAUUCCGAGGAGACCUGUUUAGGAUUGCUCUCUUUGUCUCCUGCUUCCUGCGGGUGGAUCUGCCUUUCCUUCCAACAUGGAUUUGGUACUCUGAAGGGGGGAAAGAAAAAAAAAAGCAAGCAAGCUUCCCCCAACGCCCCAGACAGUUCAGAAAGAAAUCCAAAAAGAGGACGCGAGAAGGGGAAAAAAUAACCGCGUUUAAGUUUCAAACAAGGAUUUUCUUUUCUUUAAAAAGAAAAAGAAUCGCUUCCUCUUUGUGCAUGAGUGUGCGCGCGCCUUUGCAAUUUUUUUAAACCAACCCACCAACAAAAUCUCCUUUUUAAAACCAUUUCCCCCCUCCCCUCUGCCUGGUUUUGUACGCGCGUGUCUUUUUAUACCCCUUUUUUAUUGGAAAGGUGACUUGGGGAGGGGAGGAAGCCGAAGCACCCUCCCAGGUGGUGGGGCGAACGCAGAGUCGCGGGGAGGCAGGAGGCGAGCCUCGACGGGCGGACCUGGCGCGGGGCUGCCAUGGAUCUGAACGGCAGCUGCGGCGGGGGAGGCGAGCGGCGGCAGAUCGAGGAGAGCAAGCCGCUGCUGGGCGACAUGUCCGCUCCGGAAGGGCCGGCGAAGACGGGCGCCGCGCUGUGCCGCCGCGGAGGCCACUGCCACGGCAUGCGCUACAAGCUGCUGCAGGAAGGGGACAUCCAGGUGUGCGUCGUGCGGCACCCCCGCACCUUCCUCAGCAAGAUCCUCACCUCGAAGUUCCUGAGGCGGUGGGAGCCCCACCAUCUCACCCUGGCGGACAACAGCCUGGCCUCUGCCACGCCAACUGGGUACAUGGAAAACUCGAUUUCUUAUAGCUCCAUUGAAGAUGUGCAGUUGCUCUCUUGGGAAAACGCCCCUAAGUAUUGUUUACAGCUCACGAUCCCUGGGGGUACCGUCUUGCUCCAGGCUGCAAACAGUUACCUGAGGGACCAGUGGUUUCAUUCCUUACAGUGGAAGAAAAAGAUCUACAAAUAUAAGAAGGUGCUGAGUAACCCAAGCCGCUUGGAGGUUGUGCUGAAAGAGAUUCGAACUUUGGUGGACAUGGCGCUGACGUCUCCUCUACAGGAUGAAUCCAUCCAUCAAGCUCCUCUGGAGAUUGUCUCCAGAUUGCUCUCAGAAAAUACCAACUUAACCACUCAAGAGCAUGAAAACAUUAUUGUGGCAAUUGCUCCUUUGCUGGAAAAUAACCAUCCACCUCCAGACUUAUGUGAAUUUUUUUGCAAGCAUUGCAGAGAACGGCCUCGGUCCAUGGUGGUCAUAGAAGUCUUUACUCCGGUUGUGCAAAGAAUCCUCAAACACAACAUGGAUUUUGGAAAGUGCCCUCGAUUGCGGCUCUUCACUCAGGAGUACAUUCUGGCCUUGAACGAGCUCAACGCUGGCAUGGAAGUGGUGAAGAAAUUUAUUCACAGCAUGCAUGGUCCUACCGGGCAGUGCCCGCAUCCCAGGGUCCUGCCAAACCUCGUUGCGGUCUGCUUAGCAGCCAUUUAUUCUUGCUAUGAAGAAUUCAUUAACAGCCGGGACAACUCGCCGAGUCUGAAGGAAAUUCGGAAUGGCUGCCAGCAGCCCUGUGACCGCAAGCCAAACUUGCCCCUCCGGCUACUCCACACGAGCCCCGACCUGGUGUCCCAAGAGGCUACCUUGACGGAGUCUCGCCUCAAGUCCGUCAUUGUCACAUCCAACGAGAUCCAUGUGGAAGUCGAGCGCAACAACACAGCCAACCAGAAGAUGACAGCCAACGUUGGCAAUGACAGUGAGCCCAACCUGAUAGAUUGCUUGAUGGUCAGUCCCACCUGCAGUACCAUGAGCAUCGAGCUCAGCCCACAGGCGGAUCGUGUCCUCGGUUGUUACGUGGAGAUACUCAAGAUGCUAUCAAACUACGAUGACUGGAGACCUGCUCUUGCUAGUUUGCUUCAACCCAUCCCGUUCCCCAAAGAGGCUCUUGCACACGAGAAGUUCACAAAGGAGCUGAAAUACGUCAUUCAAAGAUUCGCAGAAGAUCCAAGACAAGAAGUCCAUUCAUGUUUGUUGAGUGUUCGAGCUGGCAAGGAUGGCUGGUUUCAGCUCUACAGCCCUGGCGGUGUGGCUUGCGACGAUGAUGGAGAGCUGUUUGCCAGUAUGGUCCAUAUUUUAAUGGGCUCUUGUUAUAAGACGAAAAAGUUCCUGCUUUCUCUGGCGGAAAACAAACUGGGACCUUGCAUGCUGCUAGCUUUGAGAGGCAACCAGACUAUGGUUGAGAUUCUUUGCCUGAUGCUCGAAUACAACAUCAUCGACAACAAAGACACCCAGCUUCAGAUCAUAUCAACUCUUGAGAGCACCGACGUGGGGAAAAAAAUGUACGAGCAGCUCUGUGACAGGCAGAGGGAGUUAAAAGAACUGCAAAGGAAAGGAGGCCCUACCAGGUUAACACUGCCAUCCAAAUCCACAGAUGCCGACCUUGCUCGGUUGUUAAGCUCUGGCUCCUUUGGGAACUUGGAGAACCUCAGCUUGGCCUUCACCAACGUCACGAGUGCCUGUGCCGAGCACCUCAUCAAGCUCCCGUCGCUCAGGCAGCUGAACCUGUGGUCUACUCAGUUUGGAGAUGCAGGGUUGCGGCUUCUCUCUGAACACCUCACGAUGCUGCAGGUGCUCAAUUUGUGUGAAACCCCCGUCACGGAUGCCGGGUUGUUGGCGCUGAGCUCUAUGAAAAGUCUGUGCAGCCUAAAUAUGAAUAGCACCAAACUUUCAGCAGACACAUAUGAGGAUCUAAAGGCUAAAUUGCCCAACCUGAAGGAAGUGGAUGUACGUUAUACAGAAGCGUGGUGAAAUUUCCCUCUGGCUGUAUCUUUGAUUUUCAACAAGGAGAUGAGACAAGAAGAUUUUUGAAACAAAAACAAAAAAAAAAGCAGAGAAAUAAAACUUUCAGCUUCUACCUAUAGAGAACAGUGAGUUCUGAGGACUUCAAUUUUAGGAGCUGUGUUUGUGAGGUAGCAAAGUGGCUUCUGUGUGUGGGAGGGGGGCUUGAAGAUGCCCGGAUCCUGUCUACUUUUUUCAGCUUCGUACUAUGAAAUUCAAUGUAAUUUUAAUGGAAAGGAAAGGGGGGAGACAGAAAAGCAAGCUUCUGUAACUGCGAGAAGAUUAGAAGAGGGGCGGGGGGAGCCAACAGAACCUGUGCGGAUUUUCAUUUGCCUUUUUGUGUUUUUUUAUGCCAUCUGGAAAGAAAAAUAUUACAAGAAUAUAAACACCAGUUUUUCUCAGUUUCUGUGGAUGGACCUCAGCCUUUAGGUGCUUUUCCAUCAUUUCCUGCACUUAAGAAAGGGCGGGUGGGGGGGGAGUGAAGUGAAAUCAGGAGAAGAAAAAGAACCCUGUGUGACCUGCACCUCUUGCUCUGUCCCUGGCAGUCAUUAUGCAAAGUAAUUUUGUUGUACAUAAGAUUUACAUAAUGCACCUAUUUAAGAAAAUGGUUCACGAAUAACAGGUCUGGGACCUGUCUUUUAUUUAUGAAUUGUUAAUUCUUUUCUUUUUUCAUUUUUUUUUGCAUAUAGUACUGUAUAAACUAGUUUGCUGUCUUAUUGUUUGUGUUUUUUUUUAAACAGAAAGCCCUCCUUAAAUAAUUUUCUUUUAGUAAUGUGGACUGUAGUACAUAUUUUCUGUCCCUGCUACAUUUCUUAAUUACAAGGGCCUCAAACUUUGUUCAGAGGGAGAAAAUUUGCAUAUAAAUACAUAUAUAUUCUGUCUAGAUAAAAGAGAAAAAGGGGGUGGGCAGUUGGAUAUGAAUUAUAAAUUACCCAAGAUGCACGCUUCCAAUCAUUCUCAAAUUAUCUGGGGGUUAGAGAAUUAGAGGUGGACAGAAACCACCUCAGGGUUAAGUGUUUAAAAAUAUAUAAUAAGUGAAAAUCUUAAUUUUACCAUGAAUCUUAAAUUGAGCUAUCAACUUUGUGUUAGAUUUCUUCAGAUGUUUUUCUGUUAAUGUCCAAUAUUUCAAAGUCAAAUUUGCCCUCCCAUGCUGCAUUGUGAAUGUUCUCUCCUUUCCUCCUCCUUCCCCUGCCUUUUGCUCAAGUUUAGAUACAUUUGGCACAUUCUUUUUGGAAGGCCUAAUCACAUUUUCUUUACUGAUCAAUCUCGCUAAGCUCAACCAGAAAAUAUGACCACUAACCAGGGCUUUUUUUCGGGGAAAAGAGGUGGUGGAACUCAGUGGUGGAACUCAGGACCGCACAAUGACGUCACUUUGGGUCAGCUGGAACAAGGGGGGAGUUAUUUAAAGUUUAAAUUGCCCUUGGUGAAAAUGGUCACAUGGCCGGUGGCCCCGCCCCCUGAUCUCCAGAGAGAGGGCAAUCUCAACUCCCCUCUGUCUGGAGAUCAGGGGGCAGGGCCACCAGCCAUGUGACCAUUUUCAAGAGGUGCCGGAACUCCGUUUACCGCAUUCCCGCUGAAAAAAAGCCCUGUCACUAACCCUUUCCUUACCUUCCUCCACCCUUGCUCAGCAAAAUGAUGAAACUGGUUUUAAAACUUGGUUUCUUUUUAUAAAUAUGCUUUUCGGUAUCCUCCCCCACAAUAAGCAUUCUUUGAACACAGCAGCUUUUUUUAAAAAAAAUUAAAUAAAAAUUUUAUUUUGUGUUUUCUUUUGAGUUUAGCAGAUGUUUUAUCCAGUUCUUUGACACCUCAGAGAUUUAACAUCCAAGCAAUGUAAUUUUUAUACAUAUAUAUAAAUAUAUAUAUAAAUAUAUAUUUAAUCGUAUACAAUGGGAAGCGAAGCUUUUGCUGGUUGACUUUUUUUAAAACAAAAAAAAGUGUCACUAGAUAGCUUGUUCACAUUUUGCGUCUCCCCUAUCUCUUGAUUCCCUUCCUUUUUUUUCCAAAUGGAAACAAAAAUGGUUCAAGUCUUAAUUCAUAAAUCGUGCCAGAUUAUUCUUUUGUCGUUGUUCAUUUGCUUUUCUGCCUUACAUCCCAAGCUGUACGAUAAAACUCAGUGAGGGAAGAAAAGAAAAAAAGAGAGAAAAGAAAAGAAGAGAAACUAAUGCCAACAUUUUAUCCUUAGCACUGUUGCUUUUACCGACGGUUUACUACUACUGUUCUGUAGCUGUGUACAAAGAGAUGUGAAAUAAUUUCAGGCGAGAAAAAAAAAUAAACUGUAAGUGAAUACCUUU